AUGGGGAGACUGCAAGGAAAGGUCGCUCUGGUAACCGGUGGCGGCGCCGGGAUCGACCUGGCCUCGGCACAAGCUUUCGCAAGAGAGGGCGCAAGAGUAGCAAUCUGCGGCCGCAAUCUGGAGACGCUCAAAGCUGCUGCCAACCUGAUUUUAGGGGGCGCAGUCACUAUCCAGACCGACGUGAGCCGCCUCGAGGAUCUCGACCGGGUCUUUGCUCAAAUCCAGGUCCAAUUCGGUGGCUUGGACAUUCUGUUCUGCAAUGCCGGAUGGAGCCAGUUCAAGCCGUUUCUCAGCCAUCCAGAAAGCCGUCCCGCUCUUACGGCCCGGGGCUUCAGUUUUGAUCAAUGGCUCCGUCGUGGCCGGCAAAGGGUGGCCAAACACCAACAUCACAGCGGCCAUCAAAGCAGCGAUACGAAGCCUGGCUGUACGCUGAGCGCGGAGCUGCUGGAUCGCGGGAUUCGCGUCAACACCAUCAGCCCCAGUCCCAUUGACACCGAGUUCUUUGGGCGGCAUGCCGAUGACGAUGGCGCCGCUAAAAAGAGCCUCCACCUCAAUAUCAACCCAAGCAAACGACUGGGCACUGCCGAAGAGGUAGCUGAGCUGGCUCUGUUCCUGGCCUCGGACGAUUCAGUCUGGGUUGUUGGGGCGGAUUAUGGCAUUGAUGGCGGCGCAGGUAACCUUUAG